CUAUUUUUAUCCCUUUACAUUUUAAUUUACACAUUACUUUCAUGAAAACUGCCUACAAAUGGGUCAACAUUCAGUUAUACCUUAAAGUCACCGCAGUUUUGUCACAAAUAGUUUUUGUUAUCAAUUGCAGUCAGGUGCACAGAAGGCAAUGAUGCAUCCACUUUUGCAAAUAUGCAAUAAUAUUAUAAUAAUUUCUGUUGCACAGUUUCACACAUGGUUUGAUAUUCUGCAGACUACAAAAAGGGCCCUCCUUUGCCUUAAUUUGUCAAAAACUAUUGAUGUGAAAAUAAAGUAGAGGAAUAAGAGCGCUUCUUACCUGACAAGCUAAUGGAAAGGGAGUCUACCUGCAGUCCAGAUAUUGAGGUUCAGGCAGUUACACAUCACUAAUAAUUUUUAGAACCAUUGCAAUAAGCUGUACACUGGGGUGAUUUUCUGCACCUUUUUGUCAGUGACGAAAAUCAGUGAGCAUCAUCAGGUUCCACACAAGCUAAAAAAAUUGUUUUAAAUAAUUAAUAUAUUCUUCAAUUUACACCAACCAACAUUUUAUUAUCCUAAUAUAUGCAGAUUUUUUUAAUACCAAUAAUUAAAAUUAUUAAUUAUUUAUAAUUAUUCAUAAAGAUCAUAAAUCUUGUUUAUAAUAUAAUUUAUUAUAAUUUAUUAUGAUAUAUAAUGAUAACUGCCUUUUUUUGAUGAGCUCACUAGCAUUUGAAUAUUUUUCAGGCUUUUCAACCAACAAAGGACUUCAAAACAUCUACAGCUGGAGAAGGCUCUGUUCAAGUAUGACAACUUCCUGCUGUUGAACAUGGCUCAACACAAGUUAAUCUUUGAUGCAAUAAAGGUUCAGCGGAUAUUGAACCAACUCCACAGAUGUGUUCUCCCAGUGGGAAGCAUGUUUGAAGGCUGUCACAUAGCUGAGUGCCCAAGUGAUGGACACAUAUCACAGGAAAUGGAUUUCAUGCUUAUUUUGCCAGAUGUCACUGCUAGUGAAAGAGAUACUGAAGCAUUACAGUUUGUUUCUAUAGAAGGUCCAAAUCCAGGGUAUGUGAAUCUGAAAGUGCUGGAUGCUACACAGAUAACAUUACAGGACAUCCCAGUGUUGGAGGAACUACUUGACCCACUGGCGAUGCUUUAUGAAAUUCAUAAUGAAGAACUGUUCCUUUCGCAUAAAUUUGUCAGGAUGUUUGAGCGACGAGUAGAGUAUGCAGUGUCACAUGUGAUGGGAACAAAAUUUACAAGCUCCAGAGGUCUUGAGCUUGGAAUGAAGAGGAAAAAUGUCCAUGAUUUUUAUCCAGUUAUGACCAUUUUCUUUAAAGAGCCCAUUCACUGUCUCAUUUGGCCUGAUUCCACAGCAUGGCCUGAUUCUGCAUUAGGAGCACUCUUUGACACACUGUCAGUCAUCCAGGGUUCACAAAGUACAACUGCUUGGCAGAAUCAAAUUAUAGACAUAGCACCUGCCAUACUGUGUGAUGUCCCUACAGAAAUCAAAGCUGCAUGGCUCCUAAGAAAAAGACAUUGGCCUAAUCAAAAGCUUGUAGAGAAGAUCUCAAGUCUUCAAUGCUACUUGCUGGCAAAGCCACAUCCAUUCACCACAAACAAGCUGUUAGAGUGGCGAUUCAGCUUCAGUUCUGCAGAACUGCUCCUCAGUUCUGCCGUUAAACCAUGGCAGAAGCAAAGUUUAAUGGUACUUAAAGCACUGCGAAGAAAAUACUUGCAAGAACCAAAAGUUGUUGCCUCUUAUCAUUUGAAAACUGUUCUUUUUUGGGUGCUAGAGUCAAUGCCUGAUCAAACACAAGAAUCUUGCUCUCGAUGUACCUUGUUAAAAAGGCUUCUUGAUGAACUAAUAUCCUGUUUGAAAGCCAAACAUUUACCUCACUUUUUUAUCCCAGAAAAUAAUAUGUUUCGCCAUUAUGAAGACAAAGAUCUCCUUACAGUCCAGUCCAGAGUCCAAGAUAUGCGAGAAAAUUUGUUGCUAUAUCUGACAGAAGACUUGUUUACAACUGCUGUAACCGAGGAAAGAGAAGAAAAAGAAUUUGAACAAACUUAUUGGGGAAUUAUAUAAUAUUGUUCUUAUGCAAUAUAGACACAAGUCAUACACUUAAAACAAAAUUUAAGUUACAGAAAAUGACAAUUUGUAUCAGACAAGCAAAGUUUUGAGCCUGGAAACUAGUUCUAUUUUCUUGAAUAUUUUGUAUUUAGGAAUGGGGGGAAGCAUUACAAAAUUAUACCCCAAACUGCAAUCUUUAUGUGUAGUGUUAACAACCACUUAUUAAGUAUGUUUAUGUCCAUGGUUAUUGUGCAUCAUUAUUGUGCAUCAUUAUUGCGCAAGUUACUCUUGCCACAGUGUCUCGCCAUGUCAUGGACUAAUAAAUAA